AUGCCACCUCUCCCCUCCGAAAACCCAGACUACACAACAGUCCAACAAACAGCCUUGCGCAGAUACGAGCGCGCAGUUGAAGCCGUCGCUCUAGCAAAAAAGAAAUUGGAGACCGCGGAAAAUGAUUUGGAAGCUACGGAGCUAAGAUUGGAGGGUGCGAGGGCGGGAGUUAAGGAUGCUGGUGUUAUUGGGUGA